ACUCUUGAUAAAUGCAGCGGUACUCACUUUCCUUUCCAUUAGAAAGCUGACAGUCGAGGAAACAGCAGUCAGAUCACGAUGAGAAUAAUAAGUAUGAAGUUUAACACCGCUUUGAGUGUUGCUGGAAUCAUACUUCUCUACAUAGCAGGUUCCCUCGGCCAGUUAGAUGUGUGUGGUCGAGCCCCUCUCAGCAACAGGAUUGUUGGAGGAGAGAAUGCGACAGCAGGGUCUUGGCCGUGGCAAGUCAGCAUUCAUGUCAUCGGCGUUGGCCAUAACUGUGGCGGGACUCUGAUCACCAAAGACUGGGUUUUAUCUGCAGCUCACUGCUUUGAGGAUUUUGGUGUGUCUGACACACUGAUGUACUUCGGGCGUCUGAACCAGUCCGGCUUAAACCCUUAUGAGACGUCCAGGAGAGCGAGUCGAAUCAUCAAUCAUCCUAACUAUAAUGGUUCUACUUUUGACAAUGACAUAGCCCUGAUCCAGCUCAACUCUUCUGUGAAUUUCUCUGAUUACAUUAAGCCGGUCUGUCUGGCAGCAGCUGGUAGUGUAUUUUCUGCAGGUACAGAUAGCUGGGUCACUGGAUGGGGCAGGCUGCAAUUUGGAGGCAAGCGUCCUGAUACACUGCAGGAGGUGAUGAUACCCAUUGUGAACAACACUGACUGUGAUAAUGCUUAUAAAGGGAUCAGUAUGAGCAUCACAAGCAAUAUGAUUUGUGCUGGAUUGUUAAAUCAGGGAGGAAAAGAUUCAUGUCAGGGAGACUCUGGAGGUCCAAUGGUCAGUAAGAAAGACUCUCUGUGGAUUCAGUCCGGCGUUGUGAGUUUUGGUGAAGGAUGUGCUCUCCCCGAAUAUCCCAGUGUGUUAGCCAGAGUCUCUCAGUACCAGAACUGGAUUAAGUCUUACAUGAGCAGCAACCCACCUGGAUUUGUUGAAUUCAACACUGAAAAGCCUACAUCCAACUCCAACUUCAGAAGUGUGCCCAACCUCCUUUUAUUUUCCCUUUCUCUGACAUUUUCCAUCAUUCCUUUAACCCUCUCCCUCUAUCCCUCUUCCUAAAGAUUGAUUGAACUGAAACUCUCAGGGUUUUUUGAUGAAAUGAUGAAGUAUACUGUGCAUGCCCUCAUAAUAUGAGAAAUGUGAGAAAUUAGCACUUUAUUUUUUAUUGUUUUUACUGUCUGAGAUUGUCAGGAUGUUUGCAUAAAUAGUAAAGAUAGACAGCUAUUGAUGCAGAUUAUAUUUCAGUUUAUAUGUCUGACAACCAAUAUGCAUAACUCAUAUAGGGUCUGGAGCUCUGCGGUGUGAUCAUGGAUACUGGCUGUUGUAAGUAUAAUUAUCUUAAAUGUAUUAACAUGUUGUAGUCACACUGUCUAAACAGAAUAAACACAAAAGGAACUGACCUAGGAAAUGUAUCAUACUGUCUUAAUAUUUUUGUGUAACCCCUGAUACAGUUUUUCAAGAUUCUUUGAUUAG